AUGCCUCAGCCCACAGGAUCCGUACAGGAAUACUGGUUACCUGGCUACGGCCUCUCACGACACAUUGUGCUUCGACAGCUGCAGUUCUUCCUGGGCCCUUCUGCCACAGUCAGACCAUACUCCUACCAUGGUCGAGAAGGCUAUCUGAUCAAUGGAACUCCUUUGACAAAGGAACAAAUCGAAGAUCUCCGACGGCAGUCUCGUGAGUACGAAAGACAACAGACCAUUCGCAUGUCUGGCAAAACCAUUGCAUCCACGGAUGCAGUCGAACCCGAUAUCAAUGAGCUGGUGGUCGUGACUGUCAGCCGGCGCAGUGGUCCUGUAUACGAUUCAAAGUCCUACUCCCCGUAUCAGCGGGCCCGAUGA